CCCACGUGGGCUGGCACCUGGCCUGAAGCUGGCAGCAUGGAGCCCCUCUUUCCACCUUCCACACCCAGCUGGAAUAGCUCAGCUGCUUCCAGUAGUAACCAUAACUGGUCGCUGGUGAGCCCAGUAUCAUCGAUGGGAGCCCGGGCAGUACUAGUGCCUGUGCUGUACUUGCUGGUGUGCACGGUAGGACUGGGUGGAAAUACACUGGUCAUCUACGUGGUGCUGCGGCAUGCCAAGAUGAAGACAGUUACUAAUGUGUACAUCCUGAACCUGGCUGUGGCUGACGUAUUGCUUAUGUUAGGGCUUCCCUUCCUGGCUACGCAGAACGCCGUCUCCUACUGGCCCUUUGGCCCCUUCCUGUGCCGCCUGGUCAUGACGCUGGAUGGCAUCAACCAGUUCACCAGUAUCUUCUGCCUGAUGGUCAUGAGUGUUGACCGCUACCUGGCUGUGGUCCACCCUCUCCGCUCAGCCCGGUGGCGUCGGCCACGGGUAGCCAAGCUGGCCAGUGCCGCUGUCUGGGUCUUUUCACUGCUCAUGUCUCUGCCACUCUUGGUCUUCGCAGAUGUCCAGGAGGGCUGGGGCACCUGCAACCUAAGCUGGCCAGAGCCUGUGGAACUGUGGGGCGCAGCCUUUAUCACCUACACAUCUGUGCUGGGCUUCUUUGGGCCCCUGCUGGUCAUCUGUUUGUGCUACCUGCUCAUUGUGGUGAAGGUGAAGGCUGCAGGUGUGCGUGUAGGCUCCUCUCGGCGGCGGCGCUCAGAGCGCAAGGUGACUCGCAUGGUGGUGGUGGUAGUGCUGGUGUUCGUGGGCUGCUGGCUGCCUUUCUUCAUUGUCAACAUUGUCAACCUGGCCUUCACGCUGCCUGAGGAACCUGUCUCUGUUGGCCUCUACUUCUUUGUGGUGGUCCUGUCUUAUGCCAACAGCUGUGCCAAUCCCCUGCUCUAUGGCUUUCUCUCUGAUAACUUCCGCCAGAGCUUCCGGAAGGUUCUGUGCCUACGCAGAGGAUAUGGUAUGGAGGAUGCAGAUGCCAUAGAGCCACGUCCAGACAAGAGUGGCCGGCCACAGGCCACACUGCCCACACGCAGCUGUGAGGCCAAUGGACUCAUGCAAACCAGCAGGCUUUAAGUGCCCCAGU